AUGUUUCCUUCUUCUCCACCGGUUCCAAUAGCGAAUAUUGGAAUGAAGAGAUUGGUUCCAAGCGGCCCAAACAAUGAAACGUCUCCACCUUCUCCACCACAUUCAAUAGCUGAUUUUGGAGUGAAGAGAUUGGUUCCAAGCGGCCCAAACAGUGAAACGUCUCCACCUUCGCCACCACAUUCCAUAGCGGAUUUUGGAAUUUUGGUUCCAAGCGGUCCAAACAAUGAAACAUCUCUACCUUCUCCACAACAUUCUAUAGAGGAUAUUGGAGUAAAGAGAUUGGUUCCAAGCGGUCCAAACAAUGAAACGUCUCCACCUUCUCCACCACAUUUCAUAGCAGAUUUUGGAGUGAAGAGAUUGGUUCCAAGCGGCCCAAACAAUGAAACUUCCCCACCUUCUCCACCACAUUUCAUAGCAGAUUUUGGAGUGAAGAGAUUGGUUCCAAGCGGCCCAAACAAUGAACCGUCUCCACCUUCUCCACCUCAUUUCAUAGUAGACUUUGGAGUGAAGAGAUUGGUUCCUAGCGGCCCGAACAAUGAAACAUCUCCAUCUUCUUCACCACAUUCUAUUGCAGAUUUUGGAGUGAAGAGAUUGGUUCCAAGCGGCCCAAACAAUGAAACGUCUCCACCUUCUCCACCACAUUCCAUAGCAGACUUUGGAGUGAAGAGAUUGGUUCCUAGCGGCCCGAACAAUGAAACAUCUCCAUCUUCUUCACCACAUUCUAUUGCAGAUUUUGGAGUGAAGAGAUUGGUUCCAAGCGGCCCAAACAAUGAAACGUCUCCACCUUCUCCACCACAUUCAAUAGCUGAUUUUGGAGUGAAGAGAUUGGUUCCAAAGAAUAUUGGAGUAAAGAGAUUGGUUCCAAGCGGUCCAAACAAUGAAACGUCUCCACCUUCUCCACCCCAUUUCAUAGCUGAUUUUGGAGUGAAGAGAUUGGUUCCAAGCGGCUCAAACAAUGAAACGUAUCCACCUUCUCCACCACAUUCCAUAGCAAAUUUCGGAGUGAAGAGAUUUGUUCCAAGCGGACCAAACAAUGAAACGUCUCCACCUUCUCCACCACAUUCCAUGUACUAA